UUUAAAGAUGGACUGCUGGGUUUUAUCCGCGCUCUGCUGGACACUUCCGGUGUGUUUCCUGCUCCACUGCCUCUGUUUCAUGUUCGCGGACGCAGACUUCACUCUCCUGCGGGCCAGUCUGCUGGGAGGGAGGCCAGAGAAGAAGCUGAAAGGCCUGGUGGUCUGGGUCACCGGGGCCUCCAGCGGGAUCGGCGAGGAGCUGGCCUACCAGCUGGCCGGGUGCGGCUCCCGCCUCAUCCUGUCGGCUCGCCGCGAGGACGAGCUGAGGAGGGUCAAACGCCGCUGCUUAGAGCGCUCUGACCUGAAGGACGAGGACGUUCUCGUUCUUCCUCUCGACCUGCUGGACAGAACGUCGCACGAGGGGAAAACCAAGGCCGCACUCCAGCACUUCGGACAUAUCGACGUCCUGAUAAACAACGGCGGCCGGAGUCAGCGCUCUCUGUGCCUGGAGACCCGGCUGGAGGUGUACCAGGCCGUGAUGGAGCUCAACUUCCUGGGGACGGUGUCCGUCACCAAGUGCGUGCUGCCUCACAUGACGGGGCGGGGCUCCGGGAGCAUCGUGACCAUCAGCAGCGUGGUGGGGCUCGCCGGGGUGCCGCUGUCCACGGGAUACUCUGCCAGCAAGCACGCUCUGCAGGGUUUCUUCAACUCCCUCCGCCCGGAGCUGACGGACUACCCCAACCUGGUGAUCAGCACGGUGUGUCCCGGGCCGGUGCAGUCCCAGAUCGUCCACAACGCCUUCACCGAGGAGCUCCACAAGAGUAUCGAAACGGUCGGCAGCCAGGAGCACAAGAUGCCCACGAGCCGCUGCGCGCGACUGAUCCUGGUGGGAGUAGCCAACGGCGUGAAGGAGAUGUGGAUCUCCCAGCAGCCCUUCCUCCUCUUCUACUACCUGUGGCAGUACACGCCCACGCUGGCCUGGUUCAUCACCAACCUGCUGGGCAGCAAGAGGGUGCACAACUUCAAAGCUGGUCUGGAUGCAGACUCGGCGUACUUCACCAAACAGAAGACCUCCUGAACGUCCCGGAGAGGAAACGCUUCACUUUCACCAACAAUGUUUCUCCUGUUAAUUUAACUUUAAUCUUGAAGUAAAGAUUUCUGGAUGCAAUUCCUUUGAGGACUCGCUGCACUCAAUCGCAGAAGACAAAGAUUAACACGCUAAGAAAUGAUUAACUUCUGGUACAUUGCUUUCAUAAAUUGAUAACGUGGGGAUUAAACUGCACGGAACGAAGAUUGCUCAUUUGUGCCGAGCGUUGAAAGACGUCCUGGAUUGAUUCUCUGCUCCAGCAUAUUUCAGUGAAACGCUACCGAAAGUGCUUCUGCCAACCAGUUUUAUUAGAAGUAUAUACAGUAACACAUAUAAAAACGAAUAUGUACAAGAAACGCAACGAUUUCAUUUACCUCUUCAAUCUAAAUUGUAAACAAGUGAAUUGUAAACAAAACGAGAGCACAAAACACCAUUACACAUACAGCGAGACAUACCCAAGGCACAUCCUCCAUGUCUUUUACAAAACCAGAAAAUUAUUUUCCCUUUUUUCUGGACACGGAGGGGAAAUCCAUAAAAGUCUAAUAAAAAAACAAAACAAAAAAAAAAAAACAGAUAAAAUCAGAGGUAUUCAGCAGUGUGAUCCGCUUCCUGUCCGACCAAAAACCAAGAGCAGA